GGGGGAUGAAAAGUGGGAUGGAAAGAGAGAGAUAGAGAUGAAGGAGAAAGUAGUGAAAGAAGUGAAGAAACAGUUAUGGUUGGCAGGUCCUCUCUUUAUUACUGGAUUAUUACAGUAUAGUCUACAAGUGAUUUCUGUAAUGUUUGUUGGUCAUCUUGGAGAGUUGCCUCUUUCUAGUGCUUCCAUGGCCACUUCAUUUGCAUCACUCACUGGCUUCAAUCUCUUGAUGGGAAUGGCUAGUGGAUUGGAUACCUUGUGUGGGCAGUCAUAUGGAGCAAAGCAAUAUCAUAUGCUUGGCAUACACACGCAAAGAGCUAUGCUUGUGCUUUCCUUCAUUAGUGUAUGCCUUGCCAUCAUUUGGGCAAACACAAGACAUAUUUUAGUUGCUUUGCACCAAGAUCCUGAAAUUUCACAAGAAGCAGGAGUGUAUGCCUGUUUCAUGAUUCCAGGCCUCUUUGCAUAUGGUCUUCUUCAAUGUCUUGUCAUUUUCUUACAAACCCAAAACAAUGUCUUUCCAAUGAUGUUGAGUUCUGGCCUUACAACUUUGAUCCAUGUGUUGGUUUGUUGGGCUUUGGUGUUCAAAUCUGGCCUUGGAAGUAGAGGAGCUGCUUUGGCAAAUGCCAUUUCUUACUGGAUAAAUGUUUUGGUUUUAGUACUUUAUAUUAAGUUCUCUACUUCUUGCAACAUAACAUGGAUUGGAUUUUCCAAGCAAGCCCUCCACAAUAUCCCCAAUUUCCUGAAAAUUGCCUUCCCCUCAGCCCUUAUGCUAUGCUUGAAGGUGUGGACUUUUGAGAUAGUGGUUCUUCUCUCUGGCUUGCUUCCCAAUCCAAAGUUACAAACUUCAGUGCUUUCUAUAUGCAUUAACACAUUUGGAUUGGUCUGGAUGAUCCCUUUUGGACUCAGCGCUGCUGUCAGCACAAGAGUUGCCAACGAACUUGGAGCUGGCAAUCCACAAGCUGCAAGUUUAGCAGCAAGAGUAGUGUUGUGCAUGGCCCUUGGAGAGGGUAUUCUGGUAGGGCUACUCAUGGUAGUGAUUCGCAGAAUUUGGGGUCAUGUCUAUAGCAAUAAGAAACAAGUAAUACAAAACGUAGCAGCCAUGAUGCCUUUCCUUGCUGCCUCCAGCUUCUUAGAUGCAAUCCAGAGUGUUCUUUCAGGCAUUGCUAGAGGAUGCGGUUGGCAGAAGCUUGGUGCAUAUGUUAAUCUGGUUUCAUUUUAUCUUGUGGGCAUUCCUUGUGCUGUAAUACUAGCUUUCUUUACUCAGAUGAAGGCUCAGGGGCUAUGGCUGGGGAUCAUAUCUGCACUUUUUCUUCAAGUGUUCCUCCUCUUUAGCAUCGCAGUUCGCACGGAUUGGGCGAAACAAGCAAAUGAAGCUGCAGAAAGAAUGGAAGAUUCUGGCAUGUCAUCAGAUACAAUACCACAAGGCUGAAAAUAUAGAGUUAAUAGCACAUUAGAAAGUGCAGAAUUUGUGACUGGAUCAAAAGUGAGCUUUGAGGUCAGUUUUGGCCAUUAGCACUAACCAAUAGAGCAAAGCUGACUAGGGCUCAAUGGAAUAUUGUACAGUGAAAAGUACAUCAAAUCCAUGAAUUGUCAAAGGUGAAUUAUUUUUCUUUAGUAAAAAAAAAAAAAAAAAAAAGAUAGUGCAAGUUUUACUUACUACUGAAAAUAAUGCUAGUAAUUGCUCGCACUUGCCCAAUAUAUAUAUAUAUAUAUAUUAAUUUUUGAUA